AUGCCCCGCAACCUCGUAGUAUUCGACUUUGACUGGUCGUUUGUCGACCAGGACACAGACCGCUGGGUAUUUGAGGUGCUCUCGACCCCGCUCAGGCGGGUAUUGCAGACGAGAAAGUCGGGCGGGUCGCAGUGUACCCCAGACGUUGUAAACGAGACCAUGGCGGAUCUCCAUGCCGAGGGUUUCAAGAAGGAGCAAAUCUUGGAUGCUCUGCGGAUGCUGCCCCUUCAUCCCGCAAUGAAGCGGGCUGUGCUUGGCUUGAAGGAGCGCUUGGCAGACACGACCUUCCUCUGUCUCUCCAACUCGAACGAGAUCUACAUUGGGACUAUCCUGGAGAAACACAGCCUCACCAAUCUCUUCUCUGAAAUAAUAACCAACCCCGCCCACUGGGACGCCGAGCACCCCUCUCUCCUACACAUCGGCCGCCGCCUGCCCGCUACGUCCCCGCCGCACGGCUGCAAAAUUGGCUGCCUGGCCAACAUGUGCAAAGGGGACGAGCUUGACGCAUGGAUGGCCGCGAAUGGGGGAUGGGAGGCAUGGGACAGGGUGAGCUAUGUCGGGGAUGGGGGCAAUGACUUUUGUCCCAUUGUGAGGAUGAGGAAAGGGGAUUGGGCGCUAGUUAGGAAGAAUAUGGAGUUGGAUGGGAGGGUGAAGGAGGAAGGAGCGGAGAAGGGGUUGAAGGUGGAUGUGAAGCGGUGGGAGGGGGCUUGGGAGGUCGAGGAGAUCUUCCAGACGUUGUAG